AUGUCCUCAAAGCCGAUUAUUUACCAGAUUGAAAAUCUAACGAAAAACUAUACAUUUUACAGCAGUAUAAUUAAUUUAAUUCUUGGAAGUAUCAGUAAUAUUCUCAUUAUUUUAAUACUUUCAACUACAAGGACAUGUCGAAAGAAUCAUUGCAUAUUUUAUUUAAUCGUUGGAUCGAUUACUGAUAUCGGUUUAAUUUUUGCAUAUCUUCCAUUUAAAAUUGCUGGUGAAAUAUUCGGAGAAAGUCCAGUCAAUGCUUCAACUAUUUGGUGUAAAGUUCAACUAACCGUUUGUUCAAUAUUGGCUUUGUGUUCACUUAUCACAACAUGUUUUCUUGCUUUUGACCAGUACCUAUCGACUAAUCCACGACAACAAUGGAAAGCAAUGAGUACACUUCGCUUAGCACAUCGUUUGACUUUCUUCAAUGUUUGUUUUUCAAUCUCACAUAAUAUUGUUUUCAUUAUAUUCGCUGAAAACGGUAAAUUCGGAUGUGCCAUUUACAACCCGGUCGUGAAAACGUACUUCAAAGUGUUCUUUUAUCCUAUUUUCAUUAUCAUUCUUCCUUUGACGUUCAUCGGCUUACUUGGUCUUUUGGUUUAUCGAAACAUUCAAUGGCAUAUGCGACGACGAAUGAUAGUGAUGCGUCGUCGACUCGAUCGUCAAAUGUCAGUCAUCGUUCUUGCACGAGUGCUGUCUAUUGCCAUACUGGGCUCUCCAUUUCUUUGCACAACUCUAUAUGAAAUCAAUUUGAAUGAUAACGAAGAAAAUGAAAACAAACUGGCGAUCUAUCAGUUAGCGUCCGCGAUAUCGUAUUCAUUGUUGUAUGCCAGCUAUUCCAUGUUUUCUGUCGGUCUAGAUAUCGGAACAACAUCUUGUAAAAUAUGUGUUGUUUCGUGCGAUGCACAACAUUCAGUUCUAUUCACGGAACAACUUCCUCAUCAUGCUCAUAUUGUUCAGAAAGAAUUUCCUUCGUACGAUGAACAAUCCCCUGUAAAAAUUCUUGAUAUUGUGAAUGAACUUUUCAAAAAAUCGACUUAUUUGAAAGACGAUUCAUCGAUAAAAUCAAUUCAAAUUUGUGGUCAAAUGCAUGGUUUGAUUCUUUGGUCAUCGAAAUCACCGCGUACGAUUGUUUCUUCUCUUGUUACUUGGCAAGAUCAACGAUGUUCAACCGAAUUUCUCUCAUCACUCGGAUCAAUGUUAACACAUUUACGAACUGGUUACGGUUUAGCAACUUUAUUAUGGCUAAUGGAACAACAAAAAGGCAAAGACGACGAUUUAUUGAAAUAUGAUCGAGCAGGAACUAUUGCAGAUUAUGUUGCAACGAUUUUCUGCGAUGAUGAAGUAACAGAUCAAUCACAAAUAUCAACUCAGAUGGCCACUAGUUGGGGUGCAAUCGAUAAUCAAUGGCCUGUUAAACAUCGAUUACUACCAGAAAUCGUCGAACCUGGUACGAUUAUUGGUUAUUACAAAAAGAAGAUUCCCAUCUAUGUCGCUCUCGGUGAUUUACAGUGCUCAGUAUUCAGUUGUCAACCGGAGAAGAAUGAAGGAAUUAUUAACAUAUCGACAUCAGCACAAUUGGCUUUAGUUACCGAUAAACAAUCAUCGAAUCACGAUCAGCUUCUAUCGCCAAUGCGUGUUCCUUAUUUUCAAUCUAAAGAUUUAUUAGUUGCUGCUUCAUUGAAUGGUGGAAAUGUUCUUUCAGCUUUUGUUCAUCUCGUUCAUUCAUGGAACUCAUCAAUUAACAGUGAUUCUUCGUCAUUAUCACUUGAUACACUUUGGUCACGAUUAAUUCAGCGAGGACUUGAGUCAAAUUCAAUCAUCGAGAAUAUCUCCGCUGCUCUUUUUGGUGAACGACAUGAUCCAUCGAUGUCCGCUUCAUUAACAAACAUUCGUUCAAUUCAUAUGUCUCAACUAAAUGAUGUUGGUUCUGUUUUUCGUUCAAUUUGCCAUUGGAUUAUAAAGAAUCUAUUCGAGAUGUUAGGAAAUGAUUCUUCGACAAUCAAUGGUAUCAUUGGAACAGGUAGCGCAUUGAUGAGAAAUGGCGUUCUACAACGAGAAAUUCAAAACAGAGUGCAAUGUCAAGUAAAAUUUAAUGAACAUUCCGAUGCUGCGUAUGGUUCUGCCUUAUUUGCUUUCAUGCAAUGA